CUGUUCCUAUCUGCUCUGUUCAGCGCAGUAAGCAGUUGAUGGACACAUGUGUUUGACUACACUGUUCAUUCGUGUCCAGCCUCAGCUUCCUGCUCCCAUGUUUUGAGCCUGCGCCAGUCGGAGACAGUUCACCAUGUCCACCGGGUCUCUCAGCGAUGUCGACGACGAGCUCCUGGACGGCAUCCUGAAGUUUGGCUCCUCCGGUAAAGAGUCCAACGAGAGCACGGAGGAGAGCUCCAACUGCGAGGGCACUUGCGCGGACGACGCGCCGGGCAAGAAACGGAAGACAGCGUCCAGGAAAACGGCACCCAAGGGUGUGGCACAGCAGGAGGGCAAGCAUGUGCAGAGAAACGCGGCAAACGCCCGGGAGAGAGCCAGGAUGCGCGUCUUGUCCAAAGCCUUCUCCCGGCUGAAGACAACCCUACCCUGGGUACCAGCGGACACUAAGCUCUCCAAACUGGACACACUGCGCCUGGCGUCCAGCUACAUCGCGCACCUCCGGCAGAUACUGGCCAACGACAAAUAUGAAAACGGAUAUAUCCACCCCGUUAACCUGACGUGGCCUUUCAUGGUCGCAGGCAAGCCGGAGAACGAGUUGAAGGAGAUGCUGAACACAACCCGCCUGUGUGGAACAACGGCGUCGUGACGGAACCAGAAACCUUUGGACGUUUUCAAAAGGGAAAAUAUGAUUUUCCGAGACAAUUUAAAAAAAAGAUUGUGACUGUAAUGCACGUCUCAUCUCCGCAGACUUUGAGUGGGAAUAACGGAGGGGGAGUAUCCCCUGUCCUUCGUUCCCGUAUAGAAAAGUUACAUUUUAUUUAAAUGCGUUUCUGUCCCAUAUCUUUGUCUUUGCUGGUUCAAAGAUAAAUUGCUUGUUUGUGCUUUAAAGUGCUUUUUUUUAAUACUCAGCAGAUGCAUUUUUUACUCAUGCAAGCCUGUUUUGGCGGCUGCAUUAUGAUGGAUGGAUGUGUCAUCUGUCUCAAAUGGUUAUACAGAUUUGUAUAUAAAAUAUAUUUGUAUCACUUUUA